AUGCUUUCACGGAACCACAUCCCCUCCCCGCUUCCCCCCACGCUCCCCCGCCCCUCCUCCUCCUCCUCCUCUUCCUCCUCCUCCUCCUCCUCCUCCUCCUCCUCCUCCUCCUCCUCCUCCUCCUCCUCCUCCUCCUCCUCCUCCUCCUCCUCCUCAUCUAUCCCUCCCCUCUCCCCUAAACCCCCAACCCUCACCCCUCCCAACCCCCCCCCAUCCCACCGCCUUUCGGAGCAGGGAAAGGCAGUGAGGGGGGCGGAGGCGGAGAACCUAGCCAAGACGCGCGUGGCGCAGAGGGACAUAUGGGAGCGGCAGUUCCCCCCAGGGGACUGCCAGGGACAGCGCCUGCUCGUGCUGCCCUGGUCCACGCAGGAGAUGCGCGGCGUGGGGUCAGGGAUCCAUGUGACGGGGUUGUUCCUGAGCCUAUCCAUGGCGCUCAACCGCACACUCGUACCCUACCCCGACUCCUACCACCACGCCAACACCUCCGACUGCAUCGGCCGCAACAGCUCGUGGGAGUGCUUCUUCGCGCCCAUGGUGUCCCCUGCGUCCUCAGGCCACAACAGCUCGUGGGAGUGCUUCUUCGCGCCCAUGGUGUCCCCUGCGUGUGACGCCCUCGUGCGCCGCCUCAUGGAGACAGCGGAGGGUGCGGGCGUGAAGGAGUGUGCGUCGGUGGACUAUGAUGGGCUGGCUACAUUGAACGACACGGUGGUGUGUGUCAGCCCGCUUCGCGUCGAUCGGCUGAAGCUGGAAUCCCGGGCCACUAGGUGGGGGGGGUUGGGGAUGAGGAGAACUCUUUUGGCAGUUUUCAUAAGUAUGGGGAGGGAGAGGAUAAUUAUGGGCGGAAGGUCAGUGCAGGUGCUGUGUGUGAGCCCCCUGCGCGUCGAUCGGCUGAAGCUGGAAUCCCGCGCCACCAGCUGGAAUGGAACCCCGGGCAACCAGGUGAAGAGGCGCGCGUGGGGAGGGAGAGGAUGGGUAGGGAGAGGAUGGGUAGGGAGAGGAUGGGGAGGGGGAGAAUGGGGAGGGGAGAGAGAAGAGGGAGAGAAUGGGGAGGGGAGAACGGAGUCGGGGAAGCGUCUAUGGGGCAGCCCCCACCUGGAUCGGUUGGACAUGGUGGAGUACAUGGGGGGCAUGGAGCAGGACGACGACUUCAAGAUGCUUGAGGUGCGGUGGUGGCGAGCGCAAGCCACGCGCUUCAUGCUGCGCUGGCCAUCCGCGUACCUCUGCCACGUGACCAACCGCGUGCGCCACUCCGCGUACGGGCUGCACGCAGCCAUGCACCUGUCGCGCUUCGAGGAGGAGCGAGCAGAGAUCCUAAGACUAGUCGCCGCAGGCGACCCGGUGCGGUUCUUUGUGAAGGACACGGAUGGCAAGGCGGAUCUAGACGGGGCUGCCAAGGCCCAGGCCAAGGCACUCGCUGAGUUGAAAUUCAGCGGGAGCACGCUGGAAGGGCAGGUGUGGCCGGCGAAAGGGAUGGAGUCGUGUGCGUUUGACUGUGGGCCGAACGGGGAAGGGCGGUGGAAGAGGAAGGAGGUGCAGGGGAUGCUGCAGGGGGUGGGCGGGGAGGUGUAUGCGCCGCGGCCGAUGGUGAGCGUGCACGUGCGGCAGAGCGACAAGUUCAAGGAGAUGACGCUGCUGUCGUUCGCUAUGCACAUGUUCUUCGCUCAGAGGUUGAGAGCUGCCAUGCCGGAUCUGAAGCACGUGUGGCUCAAUACAGAGAUGGAGUCUGUAAUCGAGCAAACCAAGCAGUACCCCUCCUGGCAGUUCCACUACUCCAUCAAUCCACGUCUCCCCCCCGGCGCCAACGACACGCGUGCGUACGAGUUCAUGCAGGACGUGGCAGUCAGCCUUGCCAGCGUGCUCAUUGCCGCCGAGUGCGACUACUUUGUGGGCUCGCUCGAGUCGAAUUGGAGCAGGUUGAUCAAUGAGCUGAGGAGCACCAACGGGAGGCUGUAUGCCGGGUUCAUUGCACUCAAUAUUGGGCUGUGGUGA